UGCCCGGGAUCUGCGGCAGCUCAGCAGGUGUUUCAAACCUGAUACUACUAUUGAUAGCUGUGCAGCUGAAAUCAUCCUCUGGGAUUUAAAAAAAACUAAACAUCAUUUUGAUCUGGAUUCUUAAAAAACAAAAAAAAAGAUAAAUAUAUAUAUUGUAAUCAGAAAUGCCUUGUCUCCAGGCACAGUAUGCAACCUUGCCACAAUGUGGAGGACCAUAUGAGGACCACAGUUCUGACUUACUGACUUCUGAGUUUGUCAAGUUUGGAAUGGACCUCAGCACCACAGAAAUCACUGCCACCACCUCUCUACCCAGCUUCAAUACUUUCAUUGACAGCAACAAUGGGGACUUUGAUGCCUAUUUGUACCAAUUGAUGGUUUCUAACCAGCAGUCUCCAUUUAAAGUGGAGGAUGUUCAGAUGUUUGGCUGUUACCCAGGCUCAAUCAACAUGCACUUAGAAGAGGUGACACCUCAUUGUGGGUCUUCUCAAUACUACAAUGGAUCUUGCUCCAUCCCAUCAGCUUCAACCCCUGGUUUUCAGAUGCAGCAAGUGUCCAUUUGGGAUGAAACUUUUCCUCAUCAUUCACUUCAGUAUAGUGAGAUGGAUCAUUUGUUAGAUCAGCAAAAAAAUGUUUCCCAACUUUCUUUCUUUUCCUUUAAACAGUUACCUUCAGAGCCUCCAGGGCCACAUUGCCACAUGAGGCUUGAUACAAGUUCUCAUGGACCGAAUAAUGUCCAUCAACUAGUCGACACUAUGUCUUACGAUAUCACCAACCAUGCCUCAAUGACUUUUCCUCCCUUACCCAUGGACCAUGGACCGCGUAUCUUGGACAGUCCCAUUGUAAUAGAUAAUCCCAUCCCCUCUCCGCCAUCUCGGAAUCCCCCCACUAGUGAAGGCCAGUGUGCUGUAUGCGGAGAUAAUGCUUCAUGCCAGCACUACGGUGUACGAACCUGCGAAGGAUGCAAAGGUUUCUUCAAGCGCACAGUUCAGAAAAAUGCCAAGUAUGUUUGCCUCGCUAAUAAAGACUGUCCCGUGGAUAAACGGCGACGGAAUCGAUGCCAGUUUUGCCGUUUUCAGAAAUGUCUUGCUGUGGGCAUGGUAAAAGAAGUGGUUCGCACAGACAGCCUGAAAGGUCGCCGAGGUCGACUUCCAUCCAAACCAAAGAAUGUUCAAGAAGCUACGCCUUCAAAUGCUCCAGUUAGUCUCAUCACAGCGUUGGUCAGGGCACAUAUUGAUUCCAACCCAGUCAUGUCCAAUCUAGAUUAUUCCAAGUUUCAGGAUUCUAGUACUUACCAGUCAGAAGAGGAUGAAGCAGGGGAAGUCCGACAGUUUUACGAACUGUUGGCAGGUUCGAUGGAAAUGAUACGCAAGUGGGCCGAGAAGAUCCCAGGGUUCAGUGGUUUUCCCAAGGAGGAUCAGGAUCUACUGUUGGAAUCUGCCUUUUUAGAGCUCUUCAUCCUCAGGCUGGCCUACAGGUCCAACCCUGAAGAAGGCAAGCUCAUCUUCUGCAGUGGUGUCGUUCUCCAUCGUCAGCAGUGCGUGCGAGGCUUUGGGGAAUGGAUUGACUCUAUCAUCAGCUUCUCCAGCACACUGCAACGGAUGAAGAUCGACGUGUCCAGCUUCUCCUGCCUUGCGACUCUGGUGGUCAUAACAGACCGGCACGGCUUAAAAGAACCCAAGAAAGUUGAAGAUCUGCAGACCAAGAUUAUAACUUGUCUGAAAGACCAUGUCACCUCUAGUGCAGGCGAGCAGAUGAGGCCAAACUAUCUGUCCAAACUUUUGGGCAAACUACCCGAGUUGUGUACCCUCUGUACACAAGGACUCCAGCGCAUUUUCUAUCUGAAGCUCGCCGAUCUGGUCCCUCCACCUGCCAUUGUUGACAAACUAUUCUUGGAUACUUUGCCUUUCUAGAUAAGCUACCAAGCUCUGUGACUUUAGAACUGGACCCCGCCAUCAGAUUCGAUGUUGCAGUAUGAGCAGGGAGUUAAACUUACACUGGAGCCAGUUCAGAACUGAAAAGGCUGCAGGAUUUGGCCAAGUAUGCUAUGUGCUAUUUUGGGUUUGCUGCUUUUCAAAAUGCUGUAUUUUUAUUUUAUUCAGCAUACUGAUUGUUGAAAUAAAAGUCCCUUUGCUGUGUUGCAGCUUCUACAAUGCAAUCUAACUGAUCAGCUGCUCUGAGGUUUGACAAACAGCAUUGGUUAGAUGUUCUCUGCCCCCAUACUGUUUGUUAUGGACCCGAGUCUCAAUGUUCAACCUAAAGCAAUGCAGUGAUAUUUCUGUGCUGCAUAUUCUUAUUCCUGUCAUCUUUUGCAAUCAAAAGAAUUACUAGGCAGUAAUAUUAUAAAAACUGAGCUCAAACUGCAUUUAUUCCAUUUAUUAUUAUUCGUCUAAUGAAAUGUAAAUAUGCUCUCUCUGUCUGGGCAGGGUUUGUAAUCACUUACCUGAAACAGAAAAACAUAUCCAUCUUUCCAUCCACCUGGGAUGGAUUUUUUAAGGACAAUAGUCAUUGACACUGCAAUUUUCAAAAUGCCAAACUGUGGAGAUUGAAGUGUGACGGAAGGAGCCUUGAAUGUGUCCCAGAUGAAUGUUGCAUGAAUACUUCUCACACUGGCUUAGUGGCAAAUUUCAUCAAAUCUAAAAACAAAUACAGUCCUGCCUGGAGACAGUGAACUCAAAAUCUCUUCAUUGAGCAGACUAAACUCUUGUUUAAUGGGGUACAGUUUAUUGGCAUUAGCUUGGAUGUUUUAAAAUAUUUUCUUUUGAGUGCUGUAAACAGAAGUGGAUGCACUUGAAUUCAUUGCACUGACUUACAGAAAAACUUUGAAACUUUCUGUACUAUAGAGCAAGUCCUAUUGCACCACUGGCUCUUUCUGGGGUAAGCAGAAGUGGAGUGUAGGAGAGGUGGUGCUGUUGGGAGUACGUCCAAUAUUUCUUUUGUGAAUCCACCUCUCAUCAGUUUAGCCCUCAGUUACAACAUCUAGUUGUGAAAGUAUCAUCUUCUGAGAAGUACUUAUUGAAGCUACUACCUUUUGAAGACACUGGACAGGAUUCUGUUGCCACACCAUGUCCUGUUCUGAUGGGCAAAUUUUGAAAGAGACAUUUGGAAAGCUUUCGAAGGUGCUGGGGAGAUUUCUGGAGCGGAACACAGGAGUAGGGGCUUCAGUUCACGGGAGUGAUUCAGCACACUGGGAUGGGUGGGGGAACCUGUUCUCUUUUCUGUAGCAGAGACUCAGAAUAGGUUUACAUCUGGUAAAUGGAAAGGAUGAAUCUGCCUCCAUUGGCCAGGAGACUGCACAAAACACACAGACAUCAGCCAGCUACAGCUCCUCUGGAGUUUCCUGGGGGAAAUUUGAGGAGGUUGGCAUAAGCCAGAAGGCUGAUGAGACCUGGGAAUGGAGGGGUGGGGGGAUGCAGUCAUACAGGCAGGAUGGAGAAAAGAGACUGGUGGCUGCGAGCUUGCAGGGUGAGGUAGGGCCAGUGAGGGGUUGUUGAGAGGAAUGAGUAGUCAAGGCAGGAAUGAAGCAGAAGGUGAUGCAAUUUGCGAAGAGGGGACAGAAGCAGGGAAGAAACUGAGAGGGGAGGGCUGACAAAGAGGACAUAGAUUACAGUGUGUAUGCACAUGUGUGUGACUGCAUUUGGAUGUUCAGCAGAGCCUGGUCUCCAAUCACCUUGGACCUCUUUGUCAUUGGACCAAGAUCUCGCUCUGACCAGCUUGGAUGGGAGCUGGAGCCAAUUCUCACACACACACACACACACACCUCCCUUUUCAAAACGGGGUGGAAAUAAGCCAUCCUCAGCUCUGAGGGACUGCCUGAAAGGAGGCAGCCUUUUCUUAUUUACAUGGACUAUGAGCAUUUUCUACUGACUGCCUCUUGCUUUAACUUCUCAUCUUGUGACAAAAGGAAACAAAAAGGCUUAUAUUUUGUUGGUGCCUUUAACAAUAUCUACUUGCUCCAAAGCACCUUACGCUCAAUGAAUCACUGUUGUAAUGUAGAAAAGGCUCAAAUCAAUUGGUCUAUUUACUGGUUGGCCUUGUAUGGGAGCAAGGUUGAAAGUGAUAUAUCGCACUGUUAUAGUCGGGAAUAAUUAUCUAAAUUUAUACUCUCUAGAAAGGAUUAUGAGUAGGAAUAAUCUUUUUAUUUUAUAUAGGGAGGACUAUAGUACUCAACAUGUCCAAUGCCAUAAUGGAAAUGUGUAAAUUUUAUAUUGGUUAAAAACCCUACACGAUACUUACAGUGCCUUACCAGUCAAUGUGUACAGAAGAUGCUUGAUUCUGAUGUUGCCAGGAAGUGAUGUAAGUCAUUGCACUGUAUUGUCAUCACUUGAGUCCUCAUCUGUAAACCUCUGAGGCAUGAUUUGUGGUUUGCAGUACUGGUCUCUCCUGCUUCUACAUGUGGACCUUGCAGUGGACCUGCUCAAGCACCUAGUGAUGCCCAUACUCUGAGACAUCAACCAGGCCUCAGGUGUAACCUGAAGCAGGUUAGUCCACUCACAAUGUGGAUAGAGGAGUUGUGGCAAUCCAAGAAAAAGUUCAAAGUAAAUUUAUUAUCAAAAUACGUACAGUAUCUGUCACCUUGAGAUUCAUUUUCGAGCAGCUAUUUACAGGAAAAUGAAGAAAUACAACCGCAUUUAUCAAAAACUAUAAAUAACAAAAGACAGUCAAUCAACCAAUGUGGAAACGAAAACAAAUUGUGCAAAAAAGUUAAAUAAUUAAUACUGAAAACAUGAGUUGUGGAGUCCUUUAAACUGAGUCUAUAGGUUCUGAAGACAGUUCAGCGUUGAUGUGAGUGAAAUUAUCCAAAGAUAUGAACAAAUCUCCCUCCUGCCCAAUACCACUUGGGUACUGUAGCUGGCCACUGUUGAGGUCCACCUGCCUAUGUUAUGAUGUUGCAAUGUAAAGUGUGAUUGCAAAAUGCAUAUACUUUUCUAUGGUUAGUAUAUAUAUUUUAAACCAAUAUUUUUCAAUGAUAGGAUGUGAAGUUAAGAUGUCUCUUCUAGCUCAAUGUAAAAGAAAAGCUGUUGAGUUGGAGACAAAGUACUCCAGUUCUUACAUCUAUUCUAAGCACAUAUGAAGUGUGGGUCAUUUUGGAGUU